AUGUCCGGCCAGAUACACUGUGAAUUCCACCACGUUGGGCUACCUAAAAGUUCAUCAAAGACCGCCAUCCACCUACUAGGAAGGAACACAUCGAGCCAAUAUUUCGACAACAUAACUACCGCGAGCGGGCUCUCGCAUGUCUUUUCUGCGCCGCCAUCGUCUCCUAUCCGCGACGAUCUUGUGUAUCGGACAUCCUACCAUGCGGAGGAGGGGUUGAUAGUGCUAGCAUAUAUACCACGUGCGGAGGGGGAAGGGAAGCUGGACGUGCGUAGUUCCGGAGAUAGUAGAUUUCCCUACGGCUACAAAAUAUCUUUCACCUGUCCUGUAUCUGAGCUACUUGAAAUCGAAAAACUAGCACUUGAAUAUGUUAUUUCAGCUUCAAAACCCUCGGAGAACAAAAAUCCCGCCAACACCGGGCGAGACACAAAUUUGGCGUUCCGAAAAAUCCAUAAACUAGUCGAGAACGCCUGCAGAGUAAAGAUGCGGUGCAGGCAAAGGCGAACAGUCGCCACAUCUGAGAAUUGGAACUCCCCAACCUUUAGAAACCCGGUCAUUCCAAAACCCUACGUUUAUCCAACAGGUCUUGAGGGGUUUCGUGAAGGUAUCCCAACCCCGGAACCUAUACCCAUUAAUUGGGGCGUCAGACCAUUGGUCGGGCAAAAAAUAGUGAGCAAGGCUUAUUCCCAACCGCCGUCCCAAGAGAUAGAAGGUGAAUCUCACGCAGAGACUCAAUUCACUGCUGUAACUCCACGGACCAUUGCGCUCCGCUCUAUUAUCACCUUUCCGGAGAUCAAGGUGGUACCAAGAAAGAGAAAGCUACCAAUAAGCUUUAACAUAACGACUGGGGAUAGAAAGCGGCUAUGCGUAGAUCUGAGCAUUUACAUCGAAAACCUGCAUAAUCCUGUCGAAGAUUUGGUUCAUGACGACGAUGACAUCUUGGAUCAGGGUCACGAAACCACAGCUAGUGCAAUACCGAAGGAUGGUAUCUUCGAUGAUGUCAACGAUGUACCGCUGAAGACUGGCCCUUCUUGGCAGGAUUUACGCCGUCUUCCGUGCGGGAGAGUUUGUUUCGAUCCUGCUUUCUAUGGUUGUUGA